CGCUUGGGGCCGGCAAGAACAAACGCCCUCAGCGUUGAAAUUGAGCAGGGAACUAGACGAGACGCGAAGAGUAAAAAGAAUUUCCAAAAUGGCUUCCCCUGUCAAACCGCCCCAGCAAGCUGGCUUCACUGUCGAGCCAACUGCACCAUUCCCGUGGCCAGGGACGAAGAAAGAAGACAAGGAUGACUCCCUUUUUGACAAAAUGGCAACUUUGGGCAGAUCGAAAAAGAAAAUUAAGGAAGUGAAUGAACUUCAAGCAGAAGGUCAACAUGCCAUUGACUCACCUACGUCAUCAUUAAUUUUAGCCGAUAUAUCACCAGAUGCAUAUAAUAUGGAUGAAAAUGAAGAGAGAUCCAUGAUUGAAGCCGAAUCUCGAGAUGAUCCCAAACUAAAAGAACUGAUCACCGUACUGCUCGAGUGGACCAAUGAAGAGUUAAAAGACCAUAGAAUAAUUGUCAAGGACAUCGAAGAAGAUCUUUUUGAUGGACAAGUGUUGGGUAAACUACUUGAAAAAUUGGCGAAUAUAAAGUUGGAAGUUGCUGAAGUGACUCAGUCUGAAGCGGGACAGAAGAAAAAGUUGAAAACAGUACUUGAUGUGGUGAAUAAAAUGUUGAAUCUACCACGGUGGCAUCAGCAGAAAUGGAGUGUAGAUAGUAUUCAUUCCAAGAACCUGAUUGCAAUUCUUCAUAUGCUGGUGGCUUUAGCAUUUCAUUUUAAAGCACCAAUCAGAAUACCAGAACAUGUAGCUGUACAGGUGGUAGUACUUCAGAAAAAAGAUGGUAUGCUCCACACGAGACAUGUGACCGAAGAGAUCACCUCUACAAAUGAUGCUGUUGGUGGCAGAUUCGAACGUGAUGCGUUUGACACCCUCUUUGACCAUGCACCUGACAAAUUGAAUGUUGUCAAAAAGUCACUUAUCACAUUUGUCAACAAGCACUUGAAUAAAAUUAAUCUUGAAGUGACUGACUUGGAUUCUCAGUUUCAUGAUGGUGUUUAUCUUGUUUUACUAAUGGGACUGUUAGAAGGAUAUUUUGUACCACUAUUCUGUUACCAUCUGACACCAACUUCUUUUGAUCACAAGGUACACAAUGUACAGUUUGCCAUGGAUUUGAUGCAGGAUGCUGGACUUCCCAAGCCCAAGGCAAGACCAGAAGAUGUGGCUAAUCUGGACCUUAAAUCAACGUUACGAGUUCUCUAUAAUUUAUUCACAAAAUAUAAACAUUUGUGAUCGCAAUGAGUCGACAUGAUUUCGCUCCUAUUAUUGUAUUGUUGC